CAAGGGGGUGUGUGUGUGUGUGUGUGUGGCGUGUGCUGGAGAGGAGAGAGAGAGAGAGACUCUUAGUGAGAGAAAAUGUGGUGGUGAUGAUCGGCAGAUGACAACAUCAUAGCCUGAUUAACCAUGAAUUAGGGGUUCCUCUACCUUCUUCUUUCUCCUUUUAAUCUUAGAACUCCUGCUUCUUUCUUAGUCCUCCUAGCUUAGUACUAAACCGGCGCCUGAGAAUUCCGGUUUUCUUUUCUCCUUCCGGUCCUAAUCACCGGUUUCUCUCAACAAAAUCUCAACUUUGGUUGCUUUCCCACUAUCCUUUUUCCGGCAGCGGAGAAAGUUCACUUCUUUGGUGGCCUAAUCGUCAUCCUACAUUUAUUUCUCAGAAAUUCAACUUCUAAGUUUUUAUAAGAAGACAUUUUUAUCCUUCUGGGGGCCCUGAAUUUUUUUUUUCUUUUUGAAGAAAUGGCCUUGUAUAUUUGGGAAUGGGAUUUUUUCUUUGAUGAAGAUUCCUAGUUUUUGGGGGAAAAUAAUUUCUGGGUUUUGAAGUUAUAUCAUUAAUUGUUUGCUUAAUUUGCUUGCUUGAUUGAUUGAGUGGUUACUUUUUUUUUUUUGAGUAUAUAUUAUUAAUUACUAGCUCAAGUGUCUCUUGACAUAAUGGACGCACUCAAGUGAUGCUGCUUAAUUGGUAGUCAUUUUAAAAGAAAACAAAGAUCAGGGCUUUUGCUGAAAGAAUCAUCAACUGAUGCUAGUAUUAACGAAAAGUAAAUUUUUGAGGUUUGUUUGAACUGAUCAUUCCUUGAAUUUGUUUGGUCCUCUGAACCUGUUUCAGUACCAAUAAUUAUGGGCUUUCAAUUGGAUUAAAUUUUUUUGUCUCCCAAUUUGCUGAUACUACCUAUAUUUGAUCAUUCCUUUGAGCGUGGAUUGGAGAAAGAUGGCUGUUUCUUUGACUAGAUUCUCGUGGUGGUGGUGGAGUGGUAAGGAGAAAGAGCCGGUUCCCAACGGGUCUUCUUCGAUGAAUACCUUACCUGAUUGGGGAUUUGGAUUAAGGGAACCGGAUAAUUUGAAGUUUAGAUCAGUUAUGGCCGCAAAAAUGGCACCGAGUAGCAGGAAGGUUAAGAGGAAAUGGAAGAGCAGGGAGGAGAGGAGGAGAAUUGAUAAAGAGUAUGAUGUGGUGUUGGUGCCAUCUGAUGGUGUUUGUUUGUCAGGGUCUGAAUCCGAUGACUCAGACUGGUCAAUUGGGUGGCUGGAACCACAUGCCCCUGAUUUCCAGAGUGAUGAUGAGGCAGAUGACAGUUUUGCUGUGCUUGUUCCUUGCUAUAGGCAUGCUUACACGGAAUUGGAGAAGGAGCCUAGAGGGAGUAAUCAGUUCUUGAGUGCUAUUAAGAACCUCCCAAAUGAGUACUCUGAUGUUUCAGAUGGUAAGAAGUAUGUGGAGCAGUGGCUUUCUUCACUCCAGAAUUUCUGAAGCUGCUAAAUGGCUGGUGAAUGCUUUAGUUAAUUAUCUACUAUCUGCUAAAUGGCUGAUGGAACUCAUCUAAUUUUGUGACGACUGGAUUGUAGUUUAGAGUUCAAGAACGCUGCCUCCUGUUAUUGGGAUUACCAGGGCUUUGGUCCUUAGCAGUACAAGAGAGCAUUAUGUUAUGCUCUUCCAGCUACCGGGGCUGUCCUACCGUCGACCGUUUCAUGGGCAAACUUGACAUCUAAUGCUAACUCAUUACUGUAAAUACUCUACUAUUGUGUAUGUGUGGAAGUGUUAAUUCUCUUUAAUUGCUGCAGUUGUAAACAAACUCUUCCUCCUAUCUCUACUGUUGAAUGAAUCUUUGGAUCCUCGUAAUUUGUAUGUCUGAAUUCUACCCCAAUAGUUUGCUUCAUGUCA